AUGCUGCAUGCGCUUGGCAGCGACUGUGCGCUUCGACUGCCGCGAUUGGUGGCUGUAAUUGUAAGCACGUUGCUGGUGGGAUCGCACACGUCCCCGACGACCGUGUAUGAUAGCUUCGGCGGUAACCAUGCGCUCCGGCUGAGACCGGCCAUCGAGGGAGUUUCCGGGCGAAGCCAUCAUCACCCAGAUCAUCAUCAGCUUUCGUCUCAUCGAAACGCGGCUGCCGAGGAACGCCAGCAAGCGGUGGAAUCGCUUCCAGUGCAACAGCAACUGCUUGCCACCGACGCGGGUGUUACGCGCGUACCGUGGUACGGAUUAACCGAACUUUCCGAUGUACUGCUACUGGGCGUGUUAGUGACGGUGCUCGUUAUCGGGAUACUACUGUUUGUCGUGCUAUUGUUGGGCUUGCGGGCCAAACUGCACCAUUUGCGUGUGGAACGGAACGCCGAUCGGUUGCUCGCGGAUGAUGCACAUCAACCGCAGCAAGUGACGUGCAGUACAGUGAAGUGCAUUGACAGUGAGAGCAAACUAAAACCACCGAACCAGCCACCGAUCGUACUGUUGGAAGCGAGCUCGCUGGUAAAACCAAUACCAGCCACGUGCGUUGCCGUUACGGUGGGUGAUUGUGGGGGCAGUGUAGGACCAUCUCGGGUGCGUCGUCGUACCGAGGAGCUUCUUAAUCUAUCCGACAAGUGGUACCGUUCGGCGUCGGGAACGGGCCCACGGUCACCGACCAUUCCCGUACCAUUUCCGUUGCCAACGGUGACGACCAACAUGAGCGCGUCGAUCGGGGCAACCGCGAUUGACCAACCGAACAGUAGUAGCAGCACCACCACCAGCUGUCAAACCGAACGGCUACCAAGCGACGACAAGGAAAACUGCGAUCAACUGACACAUCCCGAGCAGGGAGAAGAACAUCAACAACAUCCGAGUAGCCAGCGGAACCUGCUGAAACGUCAAACCGUUGCGGAACUGUCCGUUUUUGGACCGACCGGUGGUCCUGCGCCUGGUACACCCGGUAACGGAUCACCUACGACUUACAUUCAGCUUCUAACGCCUUCUUCCGCUUCAUCGCUUUCCACGUCCGCCACGACCACCGACAAUAAUGCGACACCCACGAAAGCGGCCGCAGGUGGUGGGGUUAGUGGAGGGCCACUUUCAGCCGCAGAAUCGAUGGCAGCGGCAAGGUUUGGCUUUUCGCCUCGUUCGAUCCAUUCGUUCACCGUGCAAACGGCUACAUACUUUCGGUUUCCGGAUGUGGAUGAUUUUACGCCGACACCUCGCACGUUGCCGAAACGGCACGGGGGAGAUGAUUCUUCUUCGACACCACCAGCUGUAGACGCACGAACGGGUGAGGAGGAUGCGGAACAGGACCAACCGAAGCGGAAGGAGCAGGAUGUGGCUGUCGACGCGCCUCGGGUGUCGGUGGUAGCUCCAUCCCCAGGCUCGAUGCCACUUCCGGUACUGCCGGUAGUGGCAAAAGACACCACGUCAGCUGCUCCAUCGGAUGAACCGCCAGCUCCGUCGGUUAACCGGUUAGAGGGUUUGGAACCACGACCAGCCAGGAUCUGCGCCCCAAUGGCGUGUCGACGUGUGCGGCUAAAGUCCAUCUCGCUGGAUUCGGAAGGCGCUCGGUUGGUGGAGGAAAAUCUUACCUCCACCAUCCCGGUGCAGGAACUGGUCGGAAUGGCGGCCCAACGGACCGGGGGAGGGUUCGAUUGCGUCGUGGAUGAUGACGACGACAACGAGGAGGACAUUGGCGGUGGCAUUGACGAUGACAAGGAUGGUCAGGGAGACGACGAAACGCGCCCAUCCGAUCUAACCCAUGAGACUGAAAAGGUCACGGAAGACACCGCGGCACUGCGUCGUGCCCAGCGCUGUGAGGAGCGAGCCAAAAGCGUCCGGAACAUUUUAAACCUCCGACUGAACAUCCUGCCAAUGCCGUCGGGAGUAACGCCGGUAACGUCGCAGGCCACACAACCCCCACCGGCCGCUUCCCAGUCGACGGGUUCGGUAGCGAAAUCGACCCUUCGAACGGCCACCGUCUCAGGAUCGAUAUCCAACCCGGCAAUGAGCAGCACACAGAACCAUGGGCUGGAGGACAGCAACGAGCAGUUUUACUUCGAGUACUUCGACUACGGUGACGACGAGGACGAAACGGACGACGAGUACUACGAGGUGGAGUACGGCGAGGAGCAUGAGGACAAUAACAACAACCAUGGUGGUGGUGGUGGAGCGACGGUGGGCGUUUUACCACCGGUUCCGAAAACACCAACCCUGUCCCAAUCGAAGCAGAAAGCCAGCUCGCUUGACUCGGAUAAACUCCGGAUGGCUGCGCUUCCGUACGGUGUCGGAUCGAGCGCGUUUGGGUCCGUUAGCUGUGGCGGUGGCAUUAGCCACAUUAUGAGCAUCGCACAAUCGACAAGUGGUCAGAAUAUGUCCACGCACCAUCAUACAUCCUCCACACAGCACCAUCAGCAGCAGCAGCAGCAACAGCAACAUUACAGCCAAUUUCAGUUCCACCAACAGCUGCAACAGCACCAGCAGCAGCAGCAACAUCAGCAACAGCAGCUGCAUCAGCAUUCGCAACUGUACGUGCAUCAGCAGCAAGCGGGUCAGUUGCAGCAACCACGGCGGGUUUCUUCCGUAUCUGUGCCAACCACGCCUAAACGAUACCAGUAUCGGACGGCGAUCAACCCUCACUAUUAUCAUCACCAGCAGCAGCAGCAUUAUGCGAGUGGACAAUCAAAGCUGAAACCUUCCACGUAUCAGGGUGGUACGACAGCUUCAUCCACACCCGUCAGUGACGGUGGCGGUACGAAUGGGAACCGCAAGGAAAAGGCAUCUCCGCUGGGGUACAAAUCGAUCUCGGGUGGUGACACCGUGCCACUUUCCGCGUCACAAUCCCCUUCAGAUAGGCCGAAACCGGACGAGGGAACGGCGAAGGUCACGGCACCGACUGGUGGCCGUUCGAGUAUCCUGCAACGACGCGGUUCAAAUCACAGCCUCACGCUAAACCUGGACGUGCUGAAUCGGGGUGGUAGCGUCGAUUUGACCGCAUCCAGCUGUAGUCUUUACCGGGGUUCGUACAAAAACCUGCACCAGGUGCAAUCGCACUCGCAGCUGUACCAACCACAUCCGGCGGAUGUAGCAGCGACCGGGGGCGGGAACGUGGUACGGGUUCAAUGCCAACAGCCCUCUCCUCAGCAGCAGCAACAGCAGCAGUUGGGUAGUACGACGACGGGUCACAGCAACAGCAACAUUAGCGGUAGCAAUAACGCGAACACGAGCAAAAAGAAUCUCCUGCAACGGCGCGGUUCCAAUACGAGCCUUACGUUGAACCUCCGGUCGGGUGUUGGGACGGGUGCGUCCGGAACCGUUGGGUCUACGUUCGGUUUGAAUCGCUUCAGUAGCCACAAUUCACUUAACACGACGCACAUGUCCACGCUCGGUGCUAUCAAUGCGAGCCACGGGCAGCAACAUCAGCAGCAACAGCAGCAGCAACAACAGCAGCAGCAUUCGUCCUCGAUGGUACGCCCGGCUGGGUCACGCAAGAGCCUCCUCGAGCGGCGAAACUCGAACGCAAGCUUGACGUUGAUCAACGUAAACCAACGCACGCUGUCCGUUUCGAAUUGCAACCUGCGUGGUUCCAUUUGUAGCCUCAACAGUCUGCUGACUACGCACACUCAGAACGAACCACCGGCCUCCGGGAUGAUGCUGGAAGAGGACGAACUGGACGGCAAUGGGGAUAACGAUCAUCACCUGCAUCACGAUCACCAUCAUCACCAUCAUCAUCACCACCAUCAUCAGCAUCAUCAUCAGCAUGGGGCGCAUCUUCACGGGCAGCAGCAUCACGGACCGUUGCACAGGACCGGUGGUGAAGGCGAGUUACGACGGUUCGGAAGCAGCGUGGACGCAUCCUUUCAGGGUAACGAUGGUGCAACGGGUCCAGCGGAUGGUAGCGACGGUGAUCGGGCGGGUGGAGGAGGCAGAGCGUGUGCGUACGGGAGACUAGCCGUGGGUCCGAUGCAUGGAACCGGUGGCCAUGAUACGUCCCGGUUUGGACACGGUGGCGUUGGUGGAGCAGCUCGUCAGCGCAAGUUUCGCAGUUCGGACAGUUUGCACAACAUAAAUACCCGUGAUGGAGGGCUGCAUGGGUGUGAGCUGACGGCGGGAAAACACCGGCAUCAUCACCCUCAUGGCAUGAUGGAACAGAACCACGAACGGGAGCAGAUGUCCGAGGCGAAGCUGAUGACGGUUAGCACGUACCAGCAGCGUAGUUGUCAGUCGUCCUUCGACGAGCGCCAUCAUUAUGGAUCAUCGGAAAACUUUAAAGAACACCAGAACAAACUGUCCAUCCACCGUGGGCUGUUCCAGAAGGAUCCUGCCACCGUAACGUCGACCUCAUCCGCGAACAACCUGUCGGCGCUGGGUACGGGUUCGCUGUACAACAGCUGCUGUUGCUCGUGUUGCUGCGGUUGCGGGUGUUGUUGCUGCUGCUACGGUGGCGGUGACGGUGCGCUAGGUGAUGGCGGAUGUUGCGACGCGAACGGGCUCACCCUGAAGGCAGGCAACCUAAGCAUCUCGAACUCGAACGUGCGAAACAUCUCCACGAAACCGCUCAGUCCGCAGACGACGAGCGAGGACUUUAAGAUCUACCUGGCCAACAUACAGUUCCUCCAGAACGCAUCGAACGUGCUUACGAUAGCGUACCUGCGCAAGCUGCACAACUUCUUUAGCAAAACGUACCGUAAAAUGGUUGCGUCCGUUUCGGCGGACGCCGGAAGUCAACGAAAGGUAACGAACGAUGAUCUGGGCGGGGAGAGUGGUGACGUUGGGCAGGCUGUGGCCGGUGGUCAGAAGAUGGCGUUGCUGCAUAGUGAUAGCCUGCAUCAUCCGCCGGUGUGUGACGAUGAGUCGUACGAUGAGGAGCACAAGAAGAUGGUGCUGAAGAUUCAUCAGGAGUUUUGGGACCUGCCGACCAACUACCAGGAGAAACCGCUCGUGUUUGGGUCGCAGGCGAAGAAUCGCUAUAAAACCAUCCUGCCGAACGAGCACUCACGCGUUAUACUGGAAUCGGAACGGAACCCGCUCACGGAACCGUACAUCAACGCGAACUACAUCAAGGGUCCUGAUUACGCGAACAACAGCUACAUCGCCACGCAAGGACCGCUCCCGAACACGAUCUACGAGUUUUGGCUUAUGGUGUAUCAGAACGUGGCAAGGACAGCCGCGGCCAGCUCUACCGGGGCAACACUUAUCACCGCUGGGCUCGAGCAGCGGAUCGUAAUGCUGACGAACUUUGUUGAGAACGGGCGCCAAAAGUGUGCGGUUUAUUUUCCCCAAAACGAGGACGAUUGGCUCGCAUUUGGUUGUUUGGCCGACACGGACGUAAGUGAGGUGCUGCGUGAUAAAGACACGCUGGCGGCAACCUGUCUCGAGGAACAGGAUUCGAGUGAGAGUUCAACCGAAACUCCUGUCCGGGGCGUUCGAUGCGAUAGUUGCUUCUUUCUCGUGCACAAUGAGCGUGUGGAGCAGCGGAAUGGCUACACAAUGCGCACGUUGCGUGUCAUCCACGGUUUGCGGAAGGAGUGUGUCGUGUCAAAUGGCACUUCCGGAGACGAUACGUCCGACGGUGAGUCACUGUUUGAGUUGAGCGCGUUCCGUGCUCACCAUUAUUGGUUUCCUGAUUGGCCGGAUCAUCGGUCACCGAAUGACAUUAACGUGCUCCUGGAUUUGAGUCUCGAUGUGCUUGGAACGAGCGUAGGCGAUGCGCCACGGCCAGAAAGCAGCAACGCAUUGCGAGGCAAACAACCGGGCACACCGGGUUUGGAGGAAAACGGCGCCAUAGUGUCCAGCUCGUCUACACCGACCGUACUCCCGAUCGUGCACUGUUCGGCCGGUAUUGGCCGCACGGGGUGCCUGAUUGCGAUACUGAACGGUUUGCGGCAACUGCGGCUUUCCGUCAUGACACACCGAGCCCGGCAGCAACCGAAGCAACUGCAAAUGUUGGCCCAGGAUGACGCACCAUCCGUCGGUGAAGAACGGAUCGUAUCCGUCGACGAGUUGCAGGACGUGCUGGAACAAUCGGUACCUUUGCCACCGGUGCCGGACGGGACGGUGACACGAAAACGAAGCUCCCUGGUUGCUCCGACACCGGCCAACAGCAAUGGGAUGGGUCGAGCAACGCGGGAUGGCGCUGGUGGCCAGCGUGAAUCCGGUCAGGUGGACAUCCUGGGCAUAGUGUGUAACCUGCGGUUGCAACGCGGUGGCAUGGUACAGAACUCGGAGCAGUACGAGCUGAUCCACCGAGCCCUGUGCCUGUACUUGGAGAAGCUUACGCAGGAAGGACAUAUAUAA